GGGGGCGAGGGUCGCGGAGUCGCCGGCUCCCCCUUCCCCAGCCUGGGCCCCCCUGGUACAGGGGGCCGAGCAGAAGCCCCUAGCGUCCAGGGCCGGGGGAGGGUCUGCCUGCACCCCCAGGCCCGCGCGGUCGGGCCCUGCAGGGCGGGAGGCGCGGCGCGGGGCGGGGCCGGUGACGGGACGCGGAGACCCCGCGGGCGGCGGGAGGGGCACGAGGCGCGCGUUUGCACCCGAGCCCGGCCCGCGCCCCGAUGCGGAGCGAUGCCGCUCGGCCUGGCCGCCCCCCGCGAACACCGCGCUGCAGACGAAGCCCGCGCGUGAUCCCGCUCAGGGUGACCUCAAAGCAGCAGCUCUGAAUUCGCCUCUCAUCUGACGACUGACCGCUGCUGCCGCCGCCAGCCUCUGUCCCUUGCCCAGGCUUGUCACACGGCUGCCUCUCAGCAGGGGCAGUAGAAUAAAAGAGGGCAUGUCUAAUAACAGCACCACUAGCAUCUCCCAAGCCAGGAAAGCUGUGGAGCAGCUAAAGAUGGAAGCCUGUAUGGACAGGGUCAAGGUCUCCCAGGCAGCUGCAGACCUCCUGGCCUACUGUGAAGCUCACGUGCGGGAAGACCCUCUCAUCAUUCCAGUGCCUGCGUCAGAAAACCCCUUUCGCGAGAAGAAGUUCUUUUGUACCAUUCUCUAACUCCGUGUGUGAUGAAAACGUCUCCUUUUCUGACCUUCAAAGUCCCCUGUAGAGACCAUGCAUGCUCUAAGCCUUAGGGAGUGAGACCAACACCCAUCCCUCCCCAGCCAACGGUGGCCGGGGCUUGUCUUAUGUUUUCAUCUGUUUUCUUCGUGGCAUUCAAUUGCAUUUUUUUCCUUUUCAUUUUCAUGUUAUUUUCAUUUUUGGCAAAGAAAAUCAAAAUUUUCAUAGCCAAAUAACAAAUGGGCCAUGUAAAAAUAAGUCUGGACUUAAGAGUUUAAAAUUUUUAAACAUCAAUUUCCAAAUUUAUAUCAUAUUAAUACAUUUCAGUGGAUAAUUUAUUUAAAAAAAACUAUGCCUAAAUAUCCCUUAUUUGCAAUAUUCAGUAUCAAAUUAGAGCAUUUUGACCAACUGAAACAUAACGUUUUCAUCUCCUUUCCUGGAGAAAGCAGCUGCAGAGGUUCUGUAUUUCCUGCAUUUCCAUCAUCCUAGUAAAAAGACAACAACC